AUGGAGUUCAAACGAAGAGAACGCCGGAAGGCUGGCAGCAACCUCGCGGGCAACGCACCCUGGGCAGCAGCGCUGCUGCUGAAGCAGCCCACGGGUCACGUGUUCGUGUGUGGCGGGGCACUGAUCCACAGACAGGUGGUACUCACUUCUGCGCGCUGCGUGGUCGGCCUUGGAGGCCAGAGGGCGCUUCUAGUGGUUCGGUUAGGGAACGGUGCACUGGCCAACUCCAGCCAGUCCUUCCAGGAACUCCAGGUGGGCAAGGUGGUGGUGCAUCGGAAGUUCCGCUGGAAGCAGGGCACGCACGACGUGGCUCUCCUCUUCCUCAACUCCUCCGCCACGCUACGUCCAGGCCUGGAUACCAUCUGCGUGCGGCCCGGGGAGGCCGCGUCGACGCGGUGCACUAUCGCGACGUUCAACCUUCUCUCCGCCGCGCCGCCGCCAGCCCAGCUUCGCCUGACCCUGGCUCGGCAGACGUGGGUGCCGCGCCCGUCAUGUCUGCGCGCGCUGAGCUCCUCGACCUACAGCCCGUUCUUGGCGCCGGCCAGCGGCCUGAUCUGCACGGACCCGGACCUGCCGUGUCGUGGGGGGCGGGGCCGUGCUGGGUCGCCGCUGACCUGCGCUGACCUGCGCUCCGGUGAGCACCGGCUGGUGGGCGUGGCCGUCUGGGGCGAGGCCUGCCCCAGACGGUUGCGCUACGGCAUCUACACGCGCGUGCAGCCCCUCUACCGCUGGAUCGACUUCCACGUGACCGACCACUUCCGCUACUUCGAGAGCUACUUCGGCUUCGUCCAGGCGUAG